AAGUCAUCCGCCGGCCGGCAGCAGGGGAGUGAAUGGGUCCUGCACGCAAAGCAGAAAAGCGCUGAAGCUGCGGACAGCGAGGGAGAGAAGGUGUGUUCUCGACGGCCAAAAGAACAACGCGACUUCCACUUAGAGCUUUCCUUCUAAUACCAGUGUUGGUGCUGUGAUGGUUUUCACUCUUGUGUGCGCGCUAGCGGAUGCUGAGAUGAAGCAGAGACCCUCGCCGCGCCUGGUGCAUUAGGGUGUCCGCGCACACACCGGGACGCACGGCGCAUCUCCACUUGAGAGAGACGUUGGGAGGGGGAGGAAGGUCAAUUUGGAGUUCUGCACAUGGAUAUGUUAUCUCAAAACUUUUUUUUUAGUUCAUUAUAAGUUAUAAUUUAGUUCGCUUUCUUGACCUACGUUUGAUGCGUGACUUUCCUUUCCUCUUGCGCACAUCGGAUGAGAAUCGAGCUUUUUGGGGUGUCUUUUUUUUUACCAAGGGAUGUUCUUUAUCACAGCUCGGAUAGCAAAUCCUUGACUCACUCUCGCUUUCUUGGCACAUAUGAAGAUCCCAUCCAGGAUGUUUCAGUCUAAGCGGCCCAGGCAUGAUUGGGCCACCGUACACUACCAUCACCACAUAUCACCACAUAGUUGGGGGUCCUGCUGUGUCUAGGAAUUACCUACCCGGCGCACUCUGCUACCGUCUUUGGGAAGGAAAACGGAAUCCUACUCCAUAAGUUACUUGGUGAACAUUGACAUUGGCUUUACGAGUCUCACCUCUGGGCUACUAUGCAAUUACAACUGAUCUCCUUUGUUUUGAUCAUCUUGCAUGGCAUGGAUAACACUGGUUGUCAGCAGCACAGCAGUCCCAGGAACCGGCAACAUAAACAGAUCUCUGGUGUGAGCUCAGGAUGCCAGCAGGGUGGCUGUCUGACCUGCUCCGACUACAAUGGCUGCCUGUCCUGCAAGCCGCGCUUCUUCAUGCAUUUGGAGCGGAUCGGGAUGAAGCAGAUUGGGGUGUGCAUGACUUCCUGCCCUCUGGGAUUUUAUGGCACACGCUCCCCGGAAAGAAACACCUGCACGAAGUGCAGGUCGGAGUGCGACUCCUGCUUCAACAAGAACUUCUGCACACGCUGCCGAGCAGGAUUCUACCUUCACCUUGGCAAGUGCCAGGAGAACUGCCCCGAGGGGCUGGUCCGCAGCGACACGCAGAGGGAGUGUGUACCCGGGUGCCCUGCAGAGUGCGAGGCAUGUGUGAACAGUGAGACAUGUGCGCGGUGCCGGCCGGGCCUGUACCAGCUCGGUGGGAGGUGCCACCACGUCUGUCCGGAGGACUACGAGCCCAGUGACAAACUCAUGGAGUGCACACCACAAGUGCACUGCGACGUGGGUGAGUGGAGCGAGUGGAGCCCCUGCUCUCGGUCCGGGAGAACCUGUGGGUUCAAGCGGGGCCAGGAGACCCGCACGCGGCAGGUACUCCAGCACCCGUCGCCCUUUGGCAACCCCUGCGCCGAGGUGUCAGAGUUCAAAGAGUGCCUGGUCAAGAGGAGGAAAUGUCCAGGAGGACGGAAGAAGAAUGAGCGGAGGGAGCGGAGGAAUCGCAACAACCGCAAAGAUAAGGAGAACCAAGAGGGGCGACGGGAGAGGAAGAGAGAAAGGGAGCAAGAGAGGGAGAGAGACACAGGUGAACGCGAAGACUUGGAUAACAGGAACAAAACUGAGCACAGACAUCGCAGAGGCCACGACACAGACCCGGCCUCCCCCGAAGACAGCCUGGUGCAGUAGGGCCUCGGACAGACCUGUACGAUCGCCGACCUGUUUCCCUCCCAUUCUUCCUUCUCUCCUAAACCCCCCCCCUCCCCUCCUCCCUCCCAUCGUCACCCACUGUUCACCCUCCUCGACCCCUCUCUGCAGGGGUGUUGCUGCUACCUGUAUGAUUUGAAUAAAAUGUUUAUGCACAAGCGGGACAGGGCACGUGCAGCCAAAAGGCUCGGGCCACUAUGGACUUACAAAGAGUAGUUGUGGGUUGUUUUUUUUUUAUUCUACCCUGUAGCUUCUCCCGCUUCACUUCCACCACUGAGAGAGCGGCUCUGCUGUCGGUACUGAAGAACAAAGAGAGGAGCGCCUGUGUGGAGUCGUGCAGACGGAAAGAGCAGCAAAGACUUUGUACGACGCGCUUGUUGAUACGGAUAUUUAAAGGGGGCCCUGGAACAACGUCGCGCAUCUUGGUUUUUUGAAUGUAGAUUUUGCAACAUUAUGUAGAACAAUUGUUUAUUAUUGUUGUUCCCGUUUCAUUAGAGCUCUUUGCUUUAUUUUAUUUGGUGCAGAAUUUGUAAAGAAAAAAAAUAAAAAGUGAGUUUGUUACUGCCAUUUGUUGACAUCUUCAAAAUCACUGCCACAGAUGUGGGAGAACCUGCAGUGAAUCAAACCAGCGUGGUCACAGACUGAAAACAAGUGUUCUGUCUUGGUCAAAAAAGAUUUAUCUAGAUACGUGAGGAAUCUUAUCCAACAUUGGUUUUUCUUUUGUGUAAAUGAAAACUGUGCUUUCCGUUAAGCCCCUCGGUUAAGAACCAAAAAGCACCUGUAUGUCAAAUAAAACUAUAAUGGGUUUGUA